AUGGCCGAUGUGCUUCUUCGCUCUCCCACUUUCUUCUCCGUCGCCGGCAACCUUCCUUUCCUGCCUCCCUUAUCGCCCUCUCCCUCGAGUACCCCGCAGGCGAAGCAGGCCCGAAGGUUGUGCUCUGACGUCGCUAACCCCGUGCUCUUCACGCGUCCACCCAAGAGAAUCUCUCAGCUCAAGGUAUAUCCUGAUACCUCCUAGCAUUGACAGCGUCGGGCUCUUUGCCGGGCAGAGACUUCCGAAAGAAAAAUUGCUUUAUUUUCAAAAUUUGAGCCCGGUGGCUUAAAUCUGUUGAACUCCUCUUUUACAGAAAUAUAAAUUCAAUAAUACUGCGUAUAAAUUGUAUCCCAUUCGGCUAUAAAUAAAUCAUUUUGUCGAAGUAUUUCGGAAGGAAAUAUGAGAAUAAUUCAGAGAGAAGCAAAAACAUAGAUUCUCACUAUGUAAUUCGGAGAGAUUAUCUACCAUAGUUGGUUCAGAACAUUCUCACCGCUGUCAGUUUUCAGUUUAGGAGGUAUCUCUGUUCUUUCUUCAGGCUCUAGCCAUUGUAGCAUUUGCAGACAUUUAUCUAGAUUUACCAUUGUCAACUAUAUAUUCAGAUCCCCUGAAACUGUUAAGUUAUCCUCAUUAAUUUUAUUCCAACAAUCUCAGCUGUGGAUCAUGAGUCUGCAUUUUUUUUGUUUUACCCAUAUUAUUUUCUCACCAUUAUUUGUUUUAGAUAUGCAAUUUGUAAGUUUAUAGCGUCUUAUUUGGUUUGCUUCGUAUGCAAUCCUGCAUGUCAUCCCAGAAGCUCCUGUGGACAUUCUUCUUUUGUUUUUUUCGGUAAAUUUAUGAUAACCUUCACGACGUUGAAUUGAAUCCUCAUGAGCGGUCCAUUUAUAUAUAUUAUGAUAAUUAUAAUUAGUGAAAAUCUACUGGGAAAAGGGAAGAUCAAAAUUAUGCUUGCUUUCAGAUACUUAACCCAAUACCUAUCACCCCACAUUUAAUUUCCACGAAUAAUCAUAGCAGAAAAUGAUGGUUGCAGGUGCGUGCUGUUGUUGCUCAAACUGACGAACCACAAUGGUGGGAAAAGAAUGCUGGUCCGAACAUGAUUGACGUUCAUUCCACAGAGGAGUUCAUCUCUGCACUGAGUAACGCCGGAGAUCAGCUUGUCAUAGUUGAGUUUUAUGGCACGUGGUGUGGUUCUUGUCGCGCUUUGUUCCCAAAGGUGGGUACUCAUUUAAUUUUCUCGUGGUUUCACCCAGAAUUUCGCAAUGGGCAUUUGCGGCAUCUGAUAUGUAUUCACUGUUCUCAAUGCUACGUACAAUUUAUCAAUGUUGAAGACCAUGAAUCAAAAUCUAAGGAAAUAAUGUUUAGGUAGCCACUUGGGAGCUACUCUAAACCUUUGUUGAAAUGGUGAACUACAAACUGGCGAUUGGCCAGUAGUGCUGUGGAUCAUGAAGGAAGAAUUAAAAUAAUUAUUUCCCUUUCAGAAGUUUGGGUCUGGUUGAUAGUUUUGAUCCAGAUUAUAUCUUCUUCUGGCUUGCUUCUUGUCUAAGUAGAAAAUGAAAUAAAGCAUUCAGAUGCAGAUCGGGCUUUGAUCUUAAACACUUGCAACAACAGAGGGGUCUUUUAACACAAAAGCCUCGAAUUUACAGCUUUCCAUGGAGGCUACAGCCUUUUAGUUCCAUAUGUAUAGAACUUUGUGCGAAAUUUUAACAGUGUCCACAUAUGUAGCCAACUGGCUCUGGUUUUCUUCACAGCUCACUGUCAUAUUGUCUUCACAUAAGUCCACUUUAUGCACGCUUUUUUUGUUUUUGUUUUUAGAGUUGACGAUAUCUGAUUUGGAUAAUUUCAUAAUAGGUAUAACUUUUAUUUAUUUAUUUAUUGUUAUUGCAUGAAAAUGGACUGAUCAUAGAUCUUGCUGUCGCCCUUCCUUCUCAAGCUCUCAUUGAUGGAUGACUGUCAUAUGAUUCCUGAGAUGAGCAUAGUUCCUCUUACGAAAUCCUCCUAUCCUAGUUUGUGGGUUUUAGUGAUAUCUGAUGGGUUUCUCGCCUAAGGUAUUAUUUUUUAAUUUAUUUUUUAAAAAACAUGAAUUUUUCAGCUCUGCAGAACGGCCGUCGAAAACCCUGACAUCGUAUUUAUUAAGGUGAACUUCGAUGAGAACAAGCCCAUGUGCAAACGCCUCAAUGUGAGGGUGCUCCCUUAUUUCCAUUUCUACCGCGGUGCAGAUGGGCAGUUGGAGUCCUUCUCAUGUUCUCUGGCGAAAGUAAGCGCAUUCCGGGCCCUUCUCUGAGCUGCUUUCAGUUCAUAAUUCGUUUAUUCUUCUGCGAUGCAUAUUGUGUGGAAUCCAUUCAUGGCGGCGACAGGAAAUUGAGAUCUUUUUCGGGUAGUAAUGCAUUUUCUGGGAAGCCAUUCUCUUGAACACCAGUGUUCUUAGAUUGUAGCUCUCCAAGAGUGUGGGAGCUGACUCUCAAAUGUGAGAUGAGCCCUCUGCGGUUUGGGAGGCGGAUUGUUGCGGGUGGGUGGGGUUAGGAAAUAUGUGUACAUGCGUCUGGGCUGGGCCCCACUCUGAUAAGCAUUGGGCUCCAGACUGCCCAUGGAGAUGGUCAGCUCAUCUACCUUCAUAUCAAGGCCCCACUUGUGCUCUGAAAAUUAUAUACGGUCGCCCCUGAGAAUUUCUAUAUUUUUUUCUUCCACUUGCAUGAUGACGACGACGACGAUGACGAUGAAGAAGGUUCUGAAAUCUAGAGAAGCCCACGAUUAAAUCUGGUGUAUGAAUGAUUCAGGUGCUUAAACUCAUCACCUGGUUCAAGAACUGCCAGGUUCCCUCCAUUAUUUCUAGGUUUCGCACUUGUAUGAUGAUGAUGAUGAUGAUACGAAGAACAUUCUGAAAUCUAGAGAAGCCCACGAUCAAAAACUGGUGUAGGGAAUGAUUCAGAUGCUUAAAACUCAUCACCUAGUUUAAGAACUGCCAGGUUUCCUCCACGAUUUUUAGGUUUUACUCUUGGAUUCGUUCCGUCUUGAGGAAUCUUCAGCCGUCCACAGCGUCUAAUUCAACUUGAUCUGCAGUUUCAGAAGAUCAAGGACGCCAUCGCCAUGCACAACACGGCCCGCUGCAGCCUCGGCCCUCCGGUGGUCGUCGGAAACAUCCAGAACCUCCUCGAAGCCUCUGCUCCCAGGGACAAGCCGAGGCAAUGA